AUGCUCUUCCCCUCAGCACCCAUCGCUGGCCAACUUGUGCUCAUCACAGACCAGCUCGCUGCUCCCGCCGACUUUUUGCUCCAUCAAAUUCUCGCUGUGUACAUCAAGACCGCUGCCUAUGACGGUGCCAGCACGAGGCCUAAGGCGGUGGUAGUUUCGGUGUCGGAGCCGUUGGCGAGAUGGAAGGCGGUUGCGGCGCGGUCGAACCUAAAUCUGACGCAGAAAAUCGAAGACCAGUCACUCGUCUUCCUAGACGUCCCACCAAACGGUCCUUCGACCCUGCGCCCGCUCCUCGAUCGCGUCCGGUCCACCGUCCACGCCCUUCGCGAUGCUUGCCUCAAGCCCAACUCUGCCUCUGACCGCCCGACACCCAAUUUGUCGCCAGUGCUCGUCGUCGUCGACGAUAUCGCUGCACUUUCAUGGAUUGGCCAUCCAUUGUCUGACGUUGCACGCUUCCUCCGCGCCCUCACCGCCCUCUGUACCCGGGAAUCCAUCGCCCUCGUCAUCCGGCACCACACUGUGAUCCCUGACGAACCUAGCCAAGACGACCUCUUGCGCAUCCUCCUCCAACUCUCCUCCCUCCACUUCGACGUUCUCCCUCUCGCAAGCGGCAAGAGCGGUGCCGUCGCCCUACAUGCUGGACGCUCUCUCCAUCCCGCCGCUUCCACUCCGCCGCUCAUCCCCCGCACCCGCGCCUUGCAGUAUAGACUCACCGACUCAGGCGCCGUCUUUUUUGAGCGCGGGACGGGCGCCGCCGUCGUUUGA